AUGCCGUCCCUCCUCCGCAUCAUCCUCUCCGCAACCCUCCUCAUCAACGCAUCUGCCUUCCCUCUACUCCACGUUCGCGACGCAACAGAAUGGAACUUCGACCUCUUCCCGACCGUGCGAUGCAAUGGCACCGCCGACGUGCACACUGGGUCAGGAAGUACUGGCUGCCGCGCGAACCUACCCACCGAGGCCGCAGCAUACAGACUGAAUACCAUCGCUGAAGGCUGCCGGGUCCAGUUCUUCGAUAACACCAUGUGCGAUGAGUCUGAGAUGUCGGUUAUUGCAGGACCUUUGACUACCUCGGAGACUUGUCGCGUUCCUGCGUCUGGACACCGUUAUGGAUCUUACCAGGUUACUUGUGAUGAGGAGUAG